GAGAUGUAAUGAUUUCUGGUGAUAUAACACUAACUGUGAACUCUGAUCUGAAUGGAGACAGUCCUCAGUUCACCCUCACCUGUCUCUCCACUGGUGGUCCUGCUACUACAGUCACUUGGACGAGAAAUUCAAAAACAGUCACUGAAGGAAAUCAGACAGCAUUAGUCGACACUUCAACAGCAGAGUAUAUCCACACUCUGAUUGUAAGAGGGGGAAUGCCAGGACUUUACAACUGCACUGUGGAGAAUAACAAACCAUCCAGUGGCUCAAGAAAAUUUUCUAUAAACGUUGCCUCUGCUCCCAAUAACUUGAGAGCUGUGAUUGGAAAUGACUCCACUAGUAUCCAUUUGACCUGGACUCCUCCCACUCCACUGGCAGACACCACUGGGUACAGGAUCUCCUUCACUGGAGGAGGGAACAGUAGUAGUGUCAAUGUUAGUGGUGGGUCCACUGACAACUACACACUGACUGGUCUUACGAGGGGAGAGAUGUACAACAUAUCCAUUGUGGGAAUAUCUGAACACUUCUUCAGUGAGAGUGUGGCAUGGGACACAGUCAAACUUCCAGGGAUAGAGGAUGGAGCAACUGGUAGUGGUGAUGAAAGAGGAGGGGAAGAAGGUGCUAGUCAGAAACAAAAUUAUUCUUCAGCCUAGUGGCUGGAAUAAUUGCACCUUUUAUUAUUCUCGCUAUUGUGGCUGCAUCAGUACUGGUUGGUUGGAAAUAGUAUGUAUUCCUCAUCCACUCUCACUAGAUGCUAAGUCCUUUUUCGUGUCUAUUCUCUUUUAGUCUGUGUCACAGGAGGUGUAUCAAGGGACUCCUUGGUUCUCCAUCUGCAACCACUUCAACUACUAGUAACACAGUGAACUUUGAGAGCUCUGCAUCAUCCUCUACACCAAUUUAUGAUGAGGUGGAUGUAUUGAGAGGGGUCACCAUUUCACAUGAUAUUCAGCUAAUGUCAAAUGAAGCAUAUGCUCCAGUCAUUAAAACAUCAGCAAAUAGUGCUUAUGGACAAUUAGCCACACAUGUUAUUACACAGUAAUUUGUACCCUUCUAUGUUAGUGAGGAGAGGAUAAUUAUUAACUACCUAUAGUUACAUACUGUCUGUUACAAUGAUCAUUGUGACUAAGUUAAUUUUCAUUGUUAAUCUAAGCUAGUUAAUUUGAGAUACGUGCUGACUGAUUGAAGGGUUGUGGAAAGUGACAACUCCGAGUAUUGCGAUGAGCACAGUUACCUCCCCGAAGUGUGUGAUAAAGGAGAAUCAUUGAGACCUUGGAACGAGGCUAAGACGAGUUAGGUGGCAUCUUCCUUUAUAUUUUGAAAAUGGAUCCAUGCAUGCAGCCCUUCCCAAUAAUAUACUUUCCAGGAAAAAAUUAGCAUAAAGUUUGCAUAGUUUCAUACAGCUACUUAGUACUGAUUUUUGAGAUAAGUAAAGUUGCAACUCUAGUUGUUUGUGCACUUCUUAGUUUCAUUCAUUCAUUAUACUGAGGUGUUAUA